CUGAGGGAAACUGGAAGCACAGACGGCGAGUUCAGGUUGGUUCAAGAAACAUCUGCUGGCUGCAUCGCUCCCGAGAUGACCCGACUGACCCUGUCGACCCUGGCAGUAUUGAUCUGCUCGUCAUCCCUGGUAAAUGGAGGGAAAGUCUUGGUGUUCCCAGUGGACGGAAGCCACUGGGUCAAUAUGAAUGUCAUCAUCGAAGAGCUUCACACCAGAGGCCAUGAAGUCACAGUGCUACGACCUUCAGACACCUGGUACAUCAAGCCUGACUCCCCUCACUACAAGGCCGUUAACAUAAAUUUGCCAGGUGGAAUAGACAGGCAGAACUUUGGGUCAUAUGUCAUGAAGACGAUAAACAUGAGACGUCAUGGUUCUUCAGUUUGGUCUCGCAUUUCCCUGGAGUAUGAUCUAUUGCAAACCUUUUAUCAAAUAGGUAAUAAAGUGCUACAAAUGGUGGAAGAUAUUUUUGAGGAUAAAGCGCUAAUGAAAGCCCUCCAUGAUGCCAAAUAUGAUUUGCUUCUUACUGAUCCUGCAGUUGGUGGAGGAGUUCUUCUUGGUCACCGUUUAGGUCUUCCACUUGUCUUUAAUGUCAGAUGGACGAUUCAGGGAGAGGGGCAUCAAGCUAUUACACCUUCCCCUCUCUCCUACAUCCCCAUACCAGGAUCAGAAGUGACCGAUAAGAUGACCUUCAUGCAGAGGGUCAAGAACUUCCUCUACUACAUCUUUACAUGUUUCCAAAUUUGGUACGUUGUGGAACCAAUCUACAAACCCUUUGUCCAUCGUCACUUUGGCAGUGACAUAUAUUAUAUGGAGCUGUUCCAAUCAGCUGACAUCUGGCUUAUGAGAAACGACUUCACCUUUGAGUUUCCACGACCAACAAUGCCAAACAUCGUCUACAUGUCAGGAUUCCAGUGCAAACCCUCCAAACCUCUCCCCAAACAACUGGAGGACUUUGUACAGAGUUCUGGAGACCAUGGUGUCAUUGUGAUGACAUUGGGGACAUUGGUAGAAAAGCUCCCUGACGACAUGGCUGAGGACAUCGCUGCUGCUUUUGCUGAGCUUCCCCAGAAGGUGAUCUGGAGGCACAAAGGAAAGAAGCCAUCCACCCUUGGCAACAAUACCCUAAUCUUGGACUGGUUACCCCAAAAUGAUCUCCUUGGUCAUCCCAAAACCAAAGUGUUUGUGGCUCAUGGAGGCACCAAUGGAAUGCAAGAGGCCAUCUAUCAUGGGGUUCCCUUGGUUGGCUUGCCACUCAUGUUUGAUCAACAAGACAACUUCUUCAGGAUGGCAUCCAAAGGAAUUGCCAAAGUCCUGGACAUUGCAGAACUUAAUAAAGAUGUCUUCUUGGAGGCUCUGAAGGAGGUUCUCUAUGAGCCUUCAUACAGAGAGAAGAUGAAGGAGCUGUCCAGCCUCCACAGGGAUCAGCCCAUGAAACCUCUGGAUCGAGCCAUGUUCUGGAUCGAGUUUGUCAUGAGGCAUAAAGGAGCGGCCCAUCUGAGGACUGAGUCCUACAAGAUGUCUAUGAUCCAAUACCACUCUAUUGAUGUUUUGGCAUUUCUGUUGGCAAUUAUUCUGCUGCUCUUUACUGUUUUUAUUUCUCUAGUCAAAUGUUUUUGGAGGAGAGUAUUGCAUCAAAGCAAAACCAAAAAGGAAUAAUUAUCUUGACCAUAAACCUCUUUACAUGCACUUUAAGCAUAUCACAACAGAAAGAUUGAAAUUCAUGAAAACAAAUAUGAUUGUGUAGCUGAAUGAGCUGACCUAAAUUUGUUCAAUCAUUAUUUUAGGACAAUUAGAGUGUAGAUUAGAAAUCUAUCUAAAUUUCUUCAGUCACAGAAAGGAAUGAUGGUAAAACAACAAAUUUUUGUUGAAGCUCCUUUUCUCUAAAGUCUGCAUAUAAAUUUGUUUCUGCGUUUAUAAUAUUUAUCAUUUAAAUUCUAAUUUCUAUUUCUGAGGAGAAGCAUGAAGCUCUUCAUCAGAUGUCACUGACAUAUAUAACUAAGUUAAACAUGGUAAUUUUACAUAACAGGAAUAAUGAAAGGUUUUAUUGGAAGAUGGUGUAAUUAUAAUUUAUUGGUUCAUCAUCAAAAAAAAAAUUUCCUGAAGUUUGUCGUAGUAAUAAUUAAGUGACAGGUUUCAGUUAAUUUUGAAUGCUUUUGAAUCAUCGCUUUUGUGCCAUAUGAUAACAAAUAUGUGUAUUAAUAUUUGAACAAACUGACUGACAGCAGCAGAAGAGCUCAACUUUAAACACUCAACCAAAUAUUUAAAAUCUGGAUUAAAUGGCUUCACUGGUGACACCUGCAGGCAACAGAGCAAACAACACUUUAGUUUAUCAAUUUUCUGAAUUAUCAGUUUUCUUUGUACUCUUUUUGACAUAUCCAGGUUUAUUAUUAAGUCACUAAAUAAAAUAGCUAUUUAAGCCAGUCUUACAGUUACAGAGUUAACAUUAGUGAAUUAAAUUAGGGUUGUCCAAGUCCCCCUAUCUUAAGUCCCCCUAUUUUAAGUCCCCCCUAAUGGAGAGAAUGAAUUUAUUUCUUAUAAUUUAAUUUAAAUCAGUAGCAAGUAUAAAUAAAAGUGCACAGAAUAACAAAAUAAAGAGAAAACUAUCAAAAUAUGACCAUUUUUGGUUUUGAUCUUUUUGUUGUUGGAAAAAAAAACCUCCCUUUCUUUUUUCAGAGGGAACAUGUAAUAAAUAUGACAUCAGAGAACGCAAACACAUAAAAAGAAAAUGUUGGAGCUCACUGUGGCUGUGAGGAGAAUGUGCAGCAGGAUUCAGCGCCCGUCUGUCAUGUUUGCAGUCAGAUCCAGAACCGGGCUGAACGGAGGAUGGGCUGUGAGGAGACAGGAUGUCGGAGAUCAAACAGCAGGAAACAGUGAAAGGAAAACAGUUUGUGUUUCUUAUGGUUCUUAAUUUCUCUUUUUAAUCAAAGUCAAAUUCAAUUAACAUAAAACAAAAAAUAAUGGCUCUGCUCAUAUUUCAGACAUGACCAUGCACUUCGGCUCACUCAGAGAACAGCUCUAAUCACAAUCAUUCAUGAGUCUGCUAAGUAAAUAUUUAUCCUUGAACUAAGCAUGUACAUAAGCUAAAUAUCAUUUGAAA